AUGAUUGUGCUAGCGUGGUCAUUCAUUUCGUCGGUGAUUGAAUUCCAGAGGAGACGCCGUUUAAAAGCGUGUCUAGAUGCAUUUUUCCGAGAUCCCGCGAAUCAAGGCCGGAUGCUGCUUUUCAGGAAUAUUGAGGAGCCAUCAAUAAGCGCGGCGUCAACAAGCAAUUUCUUGGAUACUCCUGGAGUUCUAGUGAAGUUUUCUUCGGAACCGUUCCUCAAUAGGAACUCUCCACGUGUCAUUUACGCAAAUGAAACCAAAGAAAUUGUGGUGGUCCCGGCAGAGGAGCUGAAUGCAGCUGAAUGGCGCUUCUGCCAGUUCAACUCGCCAUAUUCUUCCACAGACUCUUUAGAUGCGAUGAGAAUCUUCUUCCUAGCCUCAAUGCAACCCACAAAACAAAAACUAGACGCCGACAAUCUCCCGGAAGCUCUUUUACUGAACUCCACAUGCUCAAGGGCCGCGUUCUCGGCCAGAAAAACAGGCGACGGGUUAUUUUGCUGUGCACUUGAGGAUUUUGUGGAUGUGGCAUACGCAUGGAGCAUCGAUGCUUUACGAGAAUCAGCAAACUCCCCAUUAGUUCUUUCACUAAAAACUUAUUCGUUGGAAGAACCGGAAGUCACGAUGACUCGGUCCACAUGCAGCGCCUUGGUGUCGAAGCGGGAGAGCAACGCCUCAUCAUUCCUCUCCUUCCUGCCUCAACAAAGAGCCAUGCCGAUCUUGGAACAGCUAUUCUGGGGUGACCAGUUUGGUUUCAACGGCUCCAUCAAGCAACGAUUCAUGUCGGAAGGCGCGUUAAACGGAGAUUUCCCACUAACAAGCUAUCGCAAUCAAUCUUUGCCACCAUAUUUGAGGCAGCUUGAGCACGAGAAGGAGGCUGCGAAGAUUUAUCUUGAAAAACAGAGGGCAAAACGGUCACUGGACUCGGAGACUGAAAGCUGCUCUACAUUGACCCCUGAGGAAACCGAGCCUUGUUCCACGACUAGAGCAGAUCAAGUUGUACCUAGCGCAGUACAUCCCACCACCAUAAAAAUCUUGACGGAACCUAUAAAUUCGUCGCUAGAUACUCUCGAAAACCUAGAACACUACGCUGAACAUCGAAUUGAUACGAGGAUUAUCGAGGAGGAUUUCCACUUUAUCGACUCGGACUCAACUAGUUGCAGCAUGGAUGAAACGCCAAGGAGUGCUUUACUGUUGAAUCAGGAGCCGAAUGGCCGGCCUAAAAUCAACCCCAGUAAAAACUCAAAGAGCGUCGAUUACGAACACUAUGGCGCAACGACGACCCCACUAAAUACGCCAAGACCGGAAACACCCUCUGGAUUUUCCUUGAGCAGUGGGCGUUAUAGGGGUCCUCAACGGUCCCCGCUGCUAGAAAUGGCGCGGAAGAUGAGCUUGCGCGACGAUGACAAGGACCCGAUCGAUCCGCAGUUGCAAAAACUAACGACUUUUGAAUUACUGAAAAGGAGGAGGCACUCUUAUAUGCCGCAAAUGUCAGACGACGAACUUGAUGGGUUCUCGAUUUUCGGAAGUGGACGCGACUCGUUCCGGAAGGAGCUGUUUGCGGCGCCACCCCGUCGAAUGAGCACAUCAACAAGAUCCCGGGACCCUAGCCAAGAACGACCCCCACAGAAACCUCCGACGAUCCUCGUCUAUUCCGGGGAGGACCGAGCGCUCUACCGGAAAAUCCGUGACUGCUUGUCGCGCUUCAUCCCGGCCGAUGUUUACACGGUAUUCAACCUCCUGCCUGAACACUUCCGGAGACAAUCCUGGAUCGAACCCUCAUCGACAUGCCUGCUGAUCGCAAAUACGAGCGGGCUGGAUGACUUGGCCUGGACGCGUCUUCACCAAUUCUUCAAUCAAUCUGGGAAGAUAAUAUUCGUCUGUCAGAACAAGCUACUGGCAAGCUUCACAAGCGCCGAGUCGCCAAAGAAACAGGCGAAUAUGCUGAAGAUGGCGUUUGGCGAUAAGGCAAACUUUUUCGGGAAGGAUUUCGAGAACUUUUUGAAGAAAGCUUUGAAGACACUUUCGAAACACAACGCCGUACACGAAUCCUACCAAUCGAAAGAUAUCGUCGGAGGGUCAAAGUUUGGGGUGGUGAUUUCGAAGAAGAUUGAUACCCCACUCCUUCUCUAUAUGGAAAACAGUGCGCACCGAGCAUCAGCCGUAUUUUCGGACGCCACACUGGAUCAGUUGUUAGCUCCGGAUUCAUUGAUUGUGCGUGAUGCUUUAUCACGGAUCGGGAUUCGCAUUUUGGAAGGUGAAGGAAAGAUCCCGAGUCUCACACAGGGCUAUCUGCAAAUGGCGUCGGCAGCCGAGUUGAGCAAACUGGAACAACGAGUACUCCUCGGCGAGGCCACCGGCUCCACACCUCGAAUAUUUUUACGCAAAACGGAAAAGAUUGUGGAAUCACCUUUACCAGCCGCCACUCCGGAACUGUUUCCAGUUGAGGUCAUCUCAAGUAACGCGGCACUACCCUCCUUCAAUUCCGCUGCCUAUUUUGGUGCCCUUCGCGCACGGCGGUUAGGAAAAUGUCUGGUCUACGCCCCAGUUUGCACGACGACGAUGCCACUUUGUCAAAGCCUCUCCACGGCAAUCCCAGGAUAUGAGGGUCUAAUCGUUGUGGCGAGGCAGCAACUGGCCGGUCGAGGGCGAGGCGGCAACGAAUUUAUUGCGCUUCCGGGGACGGCGAUGUUCACGCUCAAUUGUAUCCUGCCCAAAUCUUGUCGACUAGCCGAGAACCCUUCGCUGACACAGCACAUUAUGGCGACGGCGGUUGCGGAGUCGGUUCAUAAAUUGGCUGGUGUAGAUGAUUUCCCAUUCUGCUUGAAAUGGCCAAACGAUUUCUACUCGGGGCGGACGAACAAGGUCGGCGGGUUGCUGGCUGAAUGUAAGCAUCGGGACGAGUCGCUGGAAUUUAUCAUCGGUGUCGGCAUUAACGUGUCAAAUUCUCGACCGACGAUUUGCCUAAACGAUAUGCUGCCCGAGGAUCAUUUGUUCGAGUUCCAGGUGGAGACGUUGUUAGCGGAGAUUGUGUCGCGAUUCGAAGAGCUACUGCUCGAGUAUGAGCUGGGUGGAUUCGAGAAGUUCAAGCCGUUAUACGAGAAGUAUUGGCUUCACAGCCGAGAAGAAGUGACGUUAGAAGACGGCGACAGGGUGAUGAUCAAGGGGAUCGACGAGUAUGGCUACAUGAGUGUGAGAAGCAAAAAGUCCGCAAAGGUCUUUUCGAUUAGCGACGACGGCAACUCGUUCGACAUGAUGAAGGGGAUGAUUCGACUCAAGCUG